UAAAGGCACUAUAGUAAAAAAAUAAAGUUGCAGUUGAGUAUGCUAUGUAUAUAAAGCAAUUAGAGCUAUAAUACUACCCAUCGUUAAUAUGUUUUGUUUGUAUCAUACAUUAAUUGGCUGCAUUCGCCUGUUUAAUGUGUUUCCUGUUCUCUCGGAAGUGACGAAUCCCUCCUCCGAACUCCAUUCAGGCCUUCCAGCAGCGGCCCUGUUCAAGCAGCUUCCACCCAAGCAUGUGGAACUGGUGCGAGACGCCAUCUGAACCCAGCUGGGGCUACAGCGGACAGGCGGGCUGGAGUCACUGGGCCGCGGCAGGGGCUGGUUUCCCAUCAGGCCGUGCAAACUAUGCACCUAAACGUCCAUACGGUCAAAAUUCUGGUCAUGAAUGGCAUCAGGGUGGACAUCACGGUGGGAGACAGAAUUACAGACCCCCAAAUAACCAUGGGAAAAAGAAACACAAGAAAGAACCAGAGUAUUCCCACUUUUGUGACACCUGUGACCGGGGUUUCAAAAACCAGGAGAAGUACAAUGAACAUGUGUCUCAACAUGUCAAGUGUUCUGUGCCCGACUGCAGCUUUACGGCUCAUGAAAAAAUAGUCACCAUCCACUGGAAAAAUAACCAUGCACCAGGAGCUAAAAGGAUCAAGCUGGACACACCAGAGGAGAUUGCUAAAUGGAGAGAAGAGAGGCGCAAAAACUAUCCAACACUUCAGAAUAUCACAAAGAAGAAGAAAAUGAUGGAGUUGCGGGAUGAAUCAGGUUGCGUUUUAGAGACAGCUCGGUUUGGACGAAUGAGAGGACGAGGGCAGGGUCGGGGUCGAGGUCAAGGCUGUGGUAAUAGACAGUUCCAGCAACACCCACAAGGCUCCUGCCCUUUGAAUGGCAGUGCUGCAGAGAGACCUCCACUUCUCCCCCAGCUCUACAGGGAUGGGGAUCCACUGGGAGCACUGGCCACCAGUGACCAUGAUUCUGACAGAGAGGAUCCAGCUGAGGAGUCCAGGACUGGGGGCCUGGUUGUGGCCCCUAAACAUAUGAGCUCAGCUCUCAGCUCCUUGGUGGUAAACUACGGCUCCAUGAGUGAGAGAGAAAGUGAUGAAGAGUCAGAAACCACUCCUAUCCAGAAAGGCAAAGACCUUGUGCAAGAAAACCAGGUUCUAAUAAGCACAAUACCACUAAACUCUCAGGACAGAGAACCCAGCAGAGACAUGGAAACCUUCUCACCGGGAUCAGAAAUGAAUAAAGUCCCCCAGCCUGGCUCUGCUCUUUACACACCUAACAGCAGAAGAGGACGAGGAGGAGGAAGGGGUGGUAGACAACAGAAUAAACCACAGAAACGUCGUCCCACUCUACUGGAGAUGUUACUAGCCCCAGAUGUCCGCCAUGAGAGGAAUGUCCUUCUGCAGUGCGUGCGCUACAUUGUAUGCAACAACUUCUUUGCCCUGGAGAGCACACUUAAGAUUCAGGAGGGGAUCAGGUCCAAAUUAGUAGACGUAACAGGGGAGCAUGAAGAGAGGCACAAAAAGCUACCAGAGGAAGUCAGGGCUGUGGCCCAGUCUUCCUCUGUAGUAGGUGGAAAUAGAAGUUCAGCACAAUGUGGCACAGCAGUCCUACAUAUUGGCAAUCAAGGUGAUUUAGAAACAAUUAAAGCUGUCGCAGUUGACCAGCUCCUGCCACAAAUCGGUCAGGACCAGGUUUUGCUGACCAGCCAAGUUUGCUCAGAACAAUCCAGGGAUUCUCCUUUGGACACAGCAGUAAGAGCUGAGCAGGUCACAGGGGUUUUCAUUGAAAAUGCAUCAAAACUGACAGGUGACAGAGACGACCCCCGCCCAGAUUCAACAGUCACAGAGAAAAUCACAUCUGCCUCUAAUGUUUAUGAUGAUGAAAUAUGGGAGAGCCCUGCUGGUGUCUUGUAAAGUCCUACAGUAGAUAUAAUGGAUUCAUCCUUUGUUCUAAAACAUAAAACUGAAAAACUGACGCAUUUGUGUCAUUCACAUUUUUGUAGUGUGACUAAGUAUCGAGCUUAUUUUUGUAAUGCAUAAUGUACCUCUUUUUUUCCUGGUAAAAUAAAUUGGAUCU